GUUUGACUCCAUUUUGUGGCAACAAUUAUGGACUGCUUUACCACCGCUUGGGAUCAGUUAGACGUGAAUCCAGUGGUGAAGACAUGCAUUAACAUCAUUGUCAACAAAUUGGUUAAGAGUGAAUCAGUCAACGAAUAUGAUUUCCCGACAAGUCUUACAUCGAGUGAAAGACAAUUUGUGGACAUUUUCUGCACUCAAUUUGGUUUGAAGACAACGAGGAGACGCAAUGGCUCCAAUCGUUGGAUCACUGCCUACAAGAAGUCGUCGACAAUCAUAUCGUUGGACUCGUCAUACGGUUUACUAGACUUUACGCAAAACAUUAUUAAAGCUCUUUUGCAGCGCUUCCCGGUGUCCGACAAGGAGAAGAAGGAGACCUCGUAUUCUGAUCACCGAUUGGUCGGCAAUAAUCACAAUCAGUUUGAGUCGAAUCCUGGGCUGAACUGUACGACCGGACGGCUCUCUAAUAUCAUUCCUCAGAUCCCGAUUCGUCCGCCACUCGCGACCGGAAGGAUCGAUGAGACGAUUCUCUUCCGAAAGGGACUCCCGGUGUGGAAGAGACGCGACGACAUUCUGGAGGCCAUCGCAGCCAAUCGUAUUGUAGUGAUUAGUGGCGGAACCGGUGCCGGAAAGACCACACAAAUACCGCAAUUCAUACUCGAGUACUGCAAUCUCAUGAAGAAGGCGUGUCGUAUCAUAUGUGCCGAACCGCGCAGUCUAUACGCCCAUAGCGUCGCCGAACGAGUCAGUCAUGAGCGCAAUGAAGUCAUUGGACAGACUGUCGGCUAUCAGAUCCGACUCGAGAGCAAAGUUUCGCCGCGAACUCUACUGACUUUCUGCACGAAUGGUGUACUUCUUCGUACACUAAUGGGUGGCGAGAAUUCUCUUCAAUCGGUCACUCAUCUGAUCAUCGAUGAGAUCCAGGAAAACGAUCGCUUCACUGAAUUCUUGCUCUUAAUUAUCAGAGAAUUGACGGCAAAGUAUCGUAACUUCAAAGUGAUUCUCAUGUCUUCGAGCGCACAUAUGAGUCAUUUUUAUUCCCAUUACUUCGGCUGCUGUCCCACAAUAGAGAUCGCGAGCCCUAACGCCAGUCUUCAAUACUUCUAUCUCGAAGACAUACUGCGAAUGACAUCCUAUAUAUCGGACCCAAUGAAGGCCUACAGCAACACAAUGGAGACCAAAGAGACUCAGAAGCAGAUGCUUACCGAAUGGUUCGACGAGAUUAAUGUCACGCAAACCAACGAUUAUAUGUACGGCAGCGGAGAUAUUGGAUACGAGACUGACAUGAAUUCGUUCGCCGCCUUCGGAACCAAUCGACUCAUGAAUACGGAGACACUUAUUGCCGAAAGAGACGAAUUGGACGUCAAACUAAAGAUGAGAAUCGAUUCGUAUCUCCGAAACGCGUGGACUCACGGAACCGAUUACGCGUUCCAACACCUGAUCGAUCUGAUGGUCUCCGAACACAUAUCCAUCGACUAUCAGCACAGUGUGAGUGGUGUGACGGCACUCAUAGCGGCCGCCGCUCACAACAAGAUCAAUGUCAUCGAAUCGCUGCUCAGUUACGGCGCGAACAUUGCUUUACGCACUCCUAAUGACUGGAAUGCCAUCAAUUGGUCGCAACAUUUCGGUCACAAAGAGUUGACCGAACUCUUGGAGACGUACUCGAAGUGUAUCGGAACCGCUGCCGUCACCACAGAUAUGGCGAACGUCUACAAUAGUUUGGAGUUGAGUGACGAUCAAAAACAAAUACUUGACUUGUAUUACCAUUCGCUCGUUGAUAGCCAUCGGGUCGAUGCCGACAUCGAUCUCAUCUGCCAUUUAAUUCAUUUUAUUAUAACAAAUGACAGCACUUUGUUUGCUAAACAGAAGGACGGCUCGAUUCUGGUAUUCCUCGCCGGUUAUGACGAGAUAAUUAAAUUGAGAGAAAAGAUUAUAAGCGAUUCCAAGCGCUUCGACGCAAACAAAUACGCGUUGUUUACACUGUAUUCGCAAAUGCCUAACAAUGACCUGAAACGGGUGUUCCGUCGCAUCCCUUCAGACGUCCGCAAAAUAAUUCUGUCCACAAAUAUAUCCGAAUCCAACAUUUCUAUCGAUGAAGUGGUGUUUGUUAUCGAUUCGGGAAAAGUGCGGCAAAAGGUGUUCGACACGAGCACUGGCUUCUCAUACCAUGUGUUCAAUUGGAUUUCCAAGACUAAUGCUGUGCAGCGAAGAAGUCGUGCCAAUCGUCUAAACGCUGGCAUCUGUUUCCAUCUGUACGACAAGUCGAGGUUUAAUCGUUUCGAUGAAUUGCCCACUUCUGACAUGAAUAAGAUGUCGGUCUAUGAGCUCUGCCUUCAGACCAAACUCUUGGCUCCCAAUGAAGUGAUGAUUUCAGAAUUCAUGAUGAAAGCGCUGAAACCGCCAUCACUUGAAACCGUUAGAAAAUCCGUUCAACUCCUGAAGACAAUCGAUGCCUUGGAAUCUAAUGAACAGUUGACACAAUUGGGUCUCCAUUUACUUGAUUUGCCGAUUGAACCGAAUUUGGGUAAAAUGGUGUUGUAUUCGGUGGUUCUUAAAUGCUUGGAUCCGGUGCUCACUAUUGUCUGUUCGCUCUCAUACCACAAUCCCUUCGUUGUGCCCCAAAAUCAAGCGUCUCGACGGCGAACGGCGUUUUCGAUCCGAAAGAAACUGUCGGCCAAAACAUUCAGUGAUCACAUAAUCCUAUUGAGAGGUUUCCAAAACUGGCAAAAAGCCAAACACGACGCCUGCGAGAAGCAGUUCUGCGAACAGAACUUUAUCUCUUCGGCUUCGAUGGAAAUGAUAGUGAAUAUGAGGGCCCAGUUGUUGGGCCAACUCAGGGCCUCUGGUUUUGUGAGAGCGCGCGGACCCGGAGAUAUACGCGAUCUCAACACCAAUUCCGACGACUGGGCGGUCGUGAAGGCAGCCCUUUGUGGCGGCGGUUAUCCAUAUAUCGUACGCGUCGAUAGAGAUAGGAAUCAAUUGAUAACCAACAACGAUGUGAACGUCCGCUUUCAUCCCAACUCUGUUCUCAACACUAGUUAUUUGAGUCCUAAAGAAUCGGUGGACAAAAAUCGUGCCCAACUUCUGGACACUUUGCCCACUGAUUGGCUUCUAUUCAAUGGUAUGACAAAGACUGGCAAAACAUGUUAUGUCGAGUGCUGUACAAUCAUUAGUCCCAUCACUAUUGCACUCUUUGCCGGUAAUAUUCAAACACCCAUUGAUUCCUAUUUGGCGAACGUUUGGAAACCAAUGACUUCUCAAUUCUGUGACAACGAGAGCGACAGCGAAAGCGAAGACAAAGCCGACAAAGACAAGCAUAUCCUUAAAAUUGACAAUUGGAUGGCAUUCAAACUCGAGCCCCAAAUCGCAAAUCUCACGCUUCAGUUGAGACAGAAGUGGAAUUCGCUGUUCUAUCGGCGAAUGUGUUCGCCCUCUAAGCCAAUGACCCCUUCGGACGACAUUAUCAUUAAAACCAUUGUCGAAGUGUUGACCACAGAGGAGCAGAAUCUGGGACUUCAACAACCGGUUGGUAUCGGCCAAAGACCGCGACCCAUGUCUACAGAUUUCUGUCCGCCGGUGAGUAACGUUCCGCUCUAUAGUCCUCUCAAUAAGGGUUCGCUACAAAGCGGAAGACAAACUCGUGUCAGCCCUCAGACACAACAACAGCAGUACUAUCGUAAUCAGUAUUAA